CGUCUCGUGGCCCCAUAGGGAGCUCCACCGAAAGCCCACUCCGUAGCCAUUUUGGCUCAAGCUGCCUCGCCCCCCCGCGCGUUUUCGUGCGGGGCCUGUGCGAUGAUGGUUACGGGGUGCCGCCCGUCCUCGUGGAGGCCGCCCACUUCGACUCGAGCGUCGGACACCGCUGCUGUCGGCGCCCCUUCGGCGAGGCGCCUCGCCCGCCGCAGGCGCCGUGAUGCCUGCGAGGCGUGGCUGCGGUCGCGCGCGGGGGCAGCCGCAUCUGGCUCCUGGCAGGACAGGGAGCAGGCCGCGCGGCCUGCGCUGGUCGCAGCAGCCGCCCAGCGGCGCGUCCCAGGCAGGGCGCGCCGGCGGUGCAACGCUUCCCUCCACGCGCGGCGCGUGCCUCCUCGCGGGUUCUGCCGCGCCUCAGAGGCCGAGCUGGCGUGGGCGGCAGCAGGGGAGCGCCUCGGGCAGCAGGACCGCGGUACCGCUCCGGCUGUCCCGAGGUUGGCGUCGCCGCUGCUGAAGUCGGAUGCCCUAUCUUUCGUUCCUGGGCAUGGGCCGCCUUGGAUAUACACUUGCGGUGCCACGGUCUUCUCGCCCCCCUCGGUGGCGGAGUACGUGGCGGACGUCGUGCAGCCCCAAGUCGCGGAGUCCCAGGAGCCCCCGUCCGAGGAGUCGCCGCGCGCGCCUCCAACUCUUUCUCCGCUCUCUCCGCCAUCUUCGCCUUCGUUGAUGGGUGGUGAGGAGGUCCUGGAGUGCGAGGUGGAAGAGAACAUUAACAUUCCUGGCCCGUCGUCGCUGCACGACGAGGCGGACCUCCAGGGCUCGGACGAGGCCAGCGUCUCCCCGCUGCUCACGGCGCAGCCCGUGGAGUGCGAGGCGGCGCCGCCUACGGGGGAGGGCUCUGCCAGCAGCCGACCUGUCAGCGACGGUUCGGCCCGCGUUUCAGCGCUCUUGCAUUCACUAGCGACGGCCUUGAUGGGCGUCAGUUCAGCACCUCCGCCACGUCUGGAUGAGCGGCCGCUGCUCCGCCACGAGACGAGGGAGGAGGAGCCAGGCACGUCUCGUGAGGCUCCCGCCCCAGCUUUCGGGCCUGCCUCCACCCUGGACCAGCGGUUCUGCGAGAUGGAGGUAGGCAUCGAGGUGGCGACGGCGGGCUUCGACGUGGAGCAGCGGCGCAUCUGGCGAGACGGAGUUGCCGGCCUUGCAGGUGGCCCGCCCGAGGCAACCCUCGCCCUCUCGCGCGACGCUCUCCUUAGCGUGCUGGCGCGACUCUAUGUGCGUGAGGAGGGCAUGACCCUCGUCGACGCCCUGAGCCUCACGCGCGACGCGACAUCGAGCACAGGCAUCAUGUUCUCACCCUGAUCGUUGGGAUGAUUCGCAGUUACACGAACCGUAUGCGCGGUGGCAGUGAGUUCUCCUUGUGCGAGCAGGUUCGAGACGAGGUAGAGAUUUGACGUCGGCAUAUUCGGCAACAUGCUGCUGGCAGUGCCGUCGCGGGACGUGGCGCUUCUCGUCUGCGGCGCGCCCUUUGGGGGUCUGUGCCGUUCGCGAGAGCUCUAGUGGAAGCAGCUGGAAGCAAGGGCUUCUAUACCCAGGUCGACUAGAGCACUCUGCAGGUCUCUGUGACAUUUUGCUGUUACGGUAUCCAGUCUUGCUUCAUCGCUUGUGCAUUGUCAUUGCCACGCCAUGACACGUUGUGUUGGACGUGUUUUACAAUAUUGCGCCGGCGCGUCGGUUAGCUCAUAUUGCUCGGCGUUCACACGUUGGCUUGAAGGCUUGGUAACGUCGCCCAUUGCGGGCAGUGUGUUUUCAGCGGUGUUCGAUUUCAUUCGUGCUGGAUUGUUCGUUUCCCGGUUGAUCGGGUGCGCUUAUCGGCGCUGGACGCGGCAUGUCUCUUCGAUUCGGUCGAUCGGGUGCGCUUAUCGGGCUGGAGCAGUGCGCGCCCAGUUGGUCGGUCAGCGCUUGCGGGCUUCUCAGUCGCAGUGGUCACCUCGGCUGAGCCAUGUGCAGUCGGGUUGUCUCUCUUCUCGCGCUUGCGCGUCAGCCGUGGCAGCCGUGGCAAGGGGUUGCUGCGGGCAGGGCGUUUCUUUACCUCGCGCUCGCCCUUGCCCUGAGGCUGACGCCUUCCGCUCGCUCGGGGCCACAACGGCUCGGGCCAGGCCGCUGCGGCCGCCAGAACCCAGAGCUCGUGCGAGCCUGGCUACACAGCAAUACCCCUCUCAAUCUAAUGCUCCAUCAUGGUAGCCCGUCGCCUGGCUGUGCAUGUCACUACCCGUGGGAUCACCGCUGGAAUUCGAGCUCUCUUCUCGCCCUUUCUCCCUCAUCCUCCCCUGGCCUCCCUCUGUCUGCUGCUCCUCCUCCGCCUCCGCCCGCCCGGCCACAGGUGCCAGGCCCGCGGGCCGAACACAGGUGCCGAGCACAGGUCUCGUCUCUCCCCUCUCUCUCGCCUCUCCUCCCCUCG